UUUUCCUCCUCCUGGCUCUCGGUCAUCCAGCAGCCAGCCAGUCAGUUUUGUUCGCAGUUUGUUGGCCGUCCGUCAGUGAAACAAGGAGCAGAGCAGAAACAGCCAGGAAACGCAAAGCAGAGAAAGAUUGAUUGUGCGAGAGGUGGUUGUGUGUGGUGAACGAACUUUUGUGCGGUGGACAGUGUUUCUGAUAACGCAGCAUAGGAAAAGUGCAUCGGAAUUCGGAAUCGGCCACGGCUGGCAAUUGGAACAGAACAGAACGAUGCUUCCGGCGGGGGACCAGCGAGAAUCGGAAUCCUACGUCGAAGCUCUAUCCGACAAAUUCCGGCUAUUAUGAAUUGGCUGCCGUUUGACCGCAAUCGCAGAGAUUAUCUACCAAAUAAGAGAAUCAACAACAGCAUUAACCAAACGCUUUGUUAAUCUUCAGCAAUUGAGCAAGACUGAUUUACGUUAAAUACACACUCAUCCACACUCACCCUUUGGAGCACUCCUCAGCAAGAGCACCAGCAAAGCAUAACUAGCACAGCCGCAAUGUCCUUCUCCAAUGGCACCCAGCAGCUCAAGUCGUCCGCUUCCGGAGGCACCGGCACCAACAACGGAGGAAACGCUCCUCCACCGGCGCGUCAGCAGCCGCUGAACCCGCCGGGUCGACCCCAAAGCUACAGCUACAGUCGCGACUCCGAUCGACUCCUGUGGGAAAUGCGUCCGGCCAACCGUACGCCGAACACCACCCCGGUCAGUACGGUGCUCAACUCGCCGGACCUGACCGAUCUGGACACGAAGCUUCGCUAUCAGCACAGCACCCUGAUGCAGCACCACCAGAUCAAAGUGGGCCGGAGCCCCGUGGGAAGCGGCGGGAACAACGAUAGCAAUAACUCCACCAAUCCGUCGAGUCCGACGAUGGUCCACGGCGGGUCGCGCCAUCCGCCGGAAGCGGCCUUUUCCUCAUUCUCGCUGCUUUCCGACGGGGAGAUGGUCGUGUUUGAUGACAUCGAUACCGGGACGACCACGAUGCGCAACUGGCGGAUGGGUGGCGAUCGGGACAUUCUGGGCAGUUCACCGGUGCCUUCCGAGGACGAAGACGGGGAGGGGGACGAAGAAGAGGACAAUAGCUGUGCUUCCGGCGGUGGAGGACGGGAUGACGAGAGGAAUUACUACGAUGUGGACAGUACGAAGAUUCAGCGGAUCAUCGGCGGUCUGACGAUUGCGGAGUACGAAGGAUCGCCGCGGAGGUUUGGAGUUGUGGAUCGUGAUGAGGGGGGAGAUGGGAGUGGAGGUGGCGGAGGUUUUGGUGGUGGUGGACGACCGCUUGGGAUGGCGAGGCCCGGAUUUCCAAAGCGGGUAAUCUCGCCGACCUCAUCGGAAUCGCAUCAGCACCGUCCUCACCGCGCGUCUUCACCGGCCGCCGACAGCCAGUCGGAGUUGAUCGACCUGGACGAUGACGGCGAUGGAUCCCGGUUACGACGGAUCGCUGCCUCCUCCGCAAACGACGACAGUAAGUUCAAUCUAACCUACGUGGACUAUUUCACCUCUCCGAACGAUGAGCUAUCGCUGAUGAUGAUGGACGAGGGCGGCGGCGCUGACCAGAAUAACCAAACUCCGACUAACCUACUAACCCAUGGUGAUGGAGACGGUGAAGGUGAUGGGGGUGGUGGUGGGAACGAUCGGGACUAUUUCUUCAGCUACAACGCUGAUCCCAGUAACGCAAGUAUUAAUCGUAAUGCUCAAAGUAACGCUUAUGUAGGCCAGCGGUUGGCCGCCAACAAGUCCAAUCGCGCGGGGUCCGGGGAACAGGAGGAGGAUGAGGAUGACGAGGAAGAAGAUGAUCAGCAAUCCAGCACCCCGAUUGGGGGCCAACUGAGCAAUAGCUAUCCCUAUUAUUAUAAGUACAGUAACAGGCAGUAUCAGUACGCUGAUAACGCACAACAGCGUGACCAGGCGGAGUCGCAGCGUUACUAUCAGCACUACGCUCAGAAUCACCAGCAGCAGAACAGUUAUGGGUCUUUCGGUCCUGGAGAAUCGCAGGACAUUGAACUCUAUAUCGACUCCGGGAGUCGUAGCGGAGGUGAAUCGGAAGAGGUAGACCAGCAGUUUCAAUAUCAGCACCAGCAGCAACAUCAGCAGUCCCAUCACAAACACCAACACCAACAUACGCACGCGGACAGCAAGAUCCGGAGUUUCACGCUGUCGCCGGAGACGACCGACUACGAUUCGAACUGUGGCGAUCUGGACUCGGAGGUGUCGCUGCGCUACAUGGGCAAUGAAUACGGACUCUCCGGUGACCUGAACGGCCACAUGGGUAGCGGUGGCGGUGGCAACGACAACUCCAUCACCGACUACGGACGCCUCUACAGCAGUAUGCCAAUCCUGGAGGACGGCCUGUCCAGUGGGCAUGCCUCCGAUACGGAAAACAACCUAGCUCCUCCCCCUCCGCCACCGCCCGUAUCGGGCAUCUCGAUCGUCAUGGACCAACAACAGCAACCUCAACCGGAUGACUCGUCGGCGGCGGCGGCGGCGGCGAUGACGAUAGAACAGGAGUCCGGUUAUCCCUUCAUAUCUUCCAUCCAGAUGGGUUCAACGGAUCAACCGACGCAACUGUUGGUGGACUCGAGCGACGAAGUCCAGGAAGCGAUCAAGGACAUCAAGGCCGCACUUCAAAAGACCAAAAUUCUUCCGUCCACGGAAGGACCCUCGCUACUGGAUGCGGAACAGGACGGCCGGACGGAGGUUUCUCCAGUGUGGGUUCCCAGAUCCUUCGACAAAUCGCGGGAAAGCUUGGACUCGGAUCAACCGGCGAAGCUACUAAGCGCAGACGAGGAAGAAGCCGACACCGACCUGGAAACCGAUCGACUGCUCGGUCAACAGCGGUUAGAUGAUCUCGGAUUCACCGAUGAAAAGAGUUGGACCACCGAUCGGGCCGCCAAGAUCCGCUCGAUCCGGUCGCCGACGGUUCCGCUGGUCAGCAAAAACCACACGGCCAUCCGGGCCGGCGUGGGAACCCAGAUCUCGGUCGAAUCGCCGGUGAAGAACGUCGGCAUCACCAAUCUGUACGGAAACGGUGGAACCAUUCCGCUCGGCGCGGGGUCGGAUCCGGAGGACGUCAAGCAGACUGAUUCGCCAACGGCCGCCGACGGAAGUCCCGUCUCGAAGAGUGAUGCGGACAAAAAGGGAAAGUUCAAAACGAGAGAAGGCCUUCUGGAUCCAACAGUCCUCAUCGAGGGUGUUCUCUUCCGAUCGCGCUACCUCGGUUCCACCCAGUUGGUUUGCGAGGGUCAACCGACCAAAUCGACCCGAAUGAUGCAAGCCGAAGAAGCCGUUUCCCGAAUCAAGGCCCCGGAAGGUGAGUCGCAGCCCAGUACCGAAGUCGAUCUGUUCAUCUCGACCGAGAAGAUCAUGGUGCUGAACACCGAUCUCAAGGAGAUCAUGAUGGACCACGCCCUGCGGACGAUCUCCUACAUUGCCGACAUCGGCGACCUGGUGGUGCUGAUGGCCCGGAGGCGAUUCGUACCGCAGGACGUGGAUCCGGGUGAUCCGGCUGCAUCGCUUGUAGCGGCCACCGCUCAGCAGACCGCCUCCACGAAUGUUUCCACCGGUGGCCCCACCACCACCGGUGACAGUGGUAACAACAAUAGUCCACCAAAGAAGUCCCUGCCGCGAGGUAACCGGACGCCCAAGAUGAUCUGUCACGUGUUCGAAAGCAACGAGGCUCAGUUCAUAGCGCAAUCCAUUGGGCAGGCGUUCCAGGUGGCCUACAUGGAGUUCCUGAAGGCCAACGGAAUUGAGGAUCACAGCUUUAUGAAGGAGAUGGACUACCAAGAGGUGCUCAACAGUCAGGAGAUCUUCGGCGACGAGCUGGAGGUCUUCGCCAAGAAGGAACUGCAGAAGGAGGUGGUGGUGCCGAAGGCGAAAGGCGAGAUCCUCGGGGUGGUAAUCGUCGAGUCCGGCUGGGGUUCGAUGCUUCCGACGGUGGUCAUUGCGAACCUGGCCUCGUCCGGAGCGGCGGCCCGAUGCGGUCAGUUGAACAUCGGUGAUCAGAUCAUCGCGAUCAAUGGGCUGAGUUUGGUCGGGUUGCCGCUGUCCACCUGCCAGGGAUACAUCAAGAACACCAAAAACCAAACGGCGGUCAAGUUUACGGUAGUUCCGUGCGCUCCUGUAGUUGAAGUGCGGAUAAAGCGGCCCAACACCAAGUACCAGCUAGGGUUCAGCGUGCAGAAUGGGGUGAUUUGCAGCCUACUGCGCGGUGGCAUCGCCGAACGAGGCGGAGUCCGCGUCGGACACCGAAUCAUCGAAAUCAACAACCAAAGCGUGGUGGCUGUACCACACGAAAAGAUCGUCAACCUGCUAGCGACAUCUGUGGGCGAGAUUCACAUGAAAACCAUGCCUACUUCGAUGUUUCGGCUACUGACGGGCCAGGAGAAUCCUGUUUACAUCUAAGUAGGCGACCAAAAAAAACGUUUUUAGGACGAUUGUGAUACGAAACGAGUAUAACGCGCAACACCGCGGAUGAUUGUUGGCUAGUUGGUACAGUUCACACACAGACACACAUACAAACAAAAGAGGUUGCGCAUACGCAUGAUAGUUGCAUUUAGGCGUAAUGCAAACGCAUACAAGUUGCAAAGCAAAAGACGCUUCUAGACGGAGUUUUCGACUACGUGAAACCAAGAGAUUGUGAGAGCCGGUAGCGAGUUUGUUGUAGUCGAACGAUUAGACGAAUUUCAUAAUGUGUAAGAUUAAGGUAAAAAAUACUAAACGUUAAGAGUUGGAGCUGAAAACAGAUCUACCUUUAAGACGAGUGGAUUUCCAAUAAACAGAAACAAACAUGCAAAACAAUUCCUCACAAGGAGAUACGACGAUGCUCUUGCUCAGCGAAUCUACCAACAUUAGUUGACUGACGGGGGCCUAACAAAGUCACACUCAUACAUACAUAAUACAUACUCACACACAUACAGAGAGACAGUCAUGAAAGUCACGUACUCAUACUCAUUGAAAAAUGCGGUUUUCGAAAACAGGAGAAGCUGCCGUUCACCACGAAUUGAAAGACCAAACUCUAUUGCUCCGUUAAUCCGUAACGCAAGCCUACCAUACUAUCAAAAACUCUUAGGAAAUCGCGUAACCCGUGAGACCCAAAGCAAAACUGAAAAGAAUUCGAGGGCAAGCGAAGAAAGUAUUUAUUCGUAGCAAUAUAUACGUAUACUAGUAAUCCUACAUUAUAGAGAUCUGCGGAGGCGGCCAUUGUGAGCCAAUCGUGCAGAGAGAACUGUCAAAGUGUGAGCCAAAUGAACAUGCUUAUCGUUCGUAGGAAGGCGUCGUUUGAAUGGUAUUGCAAUCGGAACUAAAUAAAUAAAAAUUAUUUAUUUUUAAUAUCGAGAAAUUGGCGGCAUAUGUAUGUUUAGUAAAAAGAUAAAAAUUUAUUAAUUCUGCUUUCAAAAGCUCAUGCUUAUGACGACACUUUUGUUGCUGAACUUGUCGAAAAAACUUCCAUUGCUGCUUCUUGCUUCACUUCUGCCGAUAUGAUUAGCGUAGCACUUUUGCAAUGAAUUUCAGAUUUCUUCGAUUGCUCCGCUAUUUCAACAAAAUUUUGGAAAAAAAAUUCUACUAUAGUUAGAAAAUGUAAACAAAACAACUUGAACCACAACGAAGUCACGAACAAAGUUUGAACAUCUAGCUUUGUAGCAAGUGUUGGCAGCUGUUGUAAACAAAACAAACAGCGUUGCCGAAUCGACGUAUGUAACUUCCGCUCAUCUCUAUGUAGAGGAUUUCUAACGUAUACAUAAGAAGAAACUUGUAAACAGACAAAAGCACUAGAAGCAGAGGCAGCGAGAUUAGACGACAAAGAAGUUUGAUGCAGCUUGCUAUAAGCGAUAUGCGCUUUUCGUCGAAUCCUUAGGAAGACAUAACCAAUUCAGUACGCGUGCAUCUAAUCGCAUUUAGACAUCAACUCGAGAGAAAACAGUGGAAGAAGCUGCAAGUCACGACAGUACUACCAACGUGACAGAGAAGAAGCGCAAAAGUUAGGAUAACCCGAAAAAACGGUAAGUAAGUAUUCAAUGUGAUAAACCAAAAAUAAAACCCGAACAAAACAAGUAAUCAUUCUGAAAACAAUCAGCAUCAAGAAAAAAGGUUGUUGAACGAAAGUGUAAACUAAAAUAAUCAUACCUAAACAAGUGUAGGGGCGCUGAGGCGAUCAAUAAUGCAAAUACACGAAACAAAUUGAGCGCAAGCAACAAAGCAGACAAAACAAAACAAAAAAAACAGGUGCAAAGCUAGAGGCGAAACAACAGAACAAUACACGAAAACAAAAAACUGAUGAAAACA